CUCGCGUUCUCGAGGAAAAGCGGCAGAGCGGGGACGCCCGGGUCUCUCGGGGCCGCGCCAGCAGGAGAGAGAGAGAGAGAGCGCCUCGAAGGAGAUAAAACCAGGGAGUGGGCGCGCGAGAAGCUCGGAGCGGCAGAGGAGGAGGGAAAGGGAAGGAGAUGAACGAGGAAAAUGAGGUGAAAAUGACGCUCUCAAGGGAAUGAUUUGAGUGCAUCCCUUCCCUGUGGAAGAGGCGGAGGAGGAGCAGGCUUGUAGCUGUUGUUUUAUCCGAUUCUUGAUCCCUGAUGGCUUCUUCUCAUGUUAAUGACAAUGCACCUCAAUGCAAAACUUGUCGAUGUGGGGAGGGAGACGCAAAUAUUUGGACCACAAAGACUCCUGAAAAUCUUGAGAAACAAGUAAAUAAAUGUCCAAAUUGCCAGGUCAUCAAGAGCGGGCCACUACUUGUGUCAUCUAGAGGUAUAGGAUGGACGUCAUGGAAGAAACGGUGGUUCGUUCUUACACGGACAUCUCUAGUAUUUUUUAGGAGUGAUCCAAAUGUGCCUCCUCCGAAAGGAAGUGAACCAAAUCUUACUCUCGGUGGUAUUGACCUUACCAAUUCGGGAAGUGUUGUUGUGAAACCAGAUAAAAAACUUUUAACAGUUCUCUUCCCAGAUGGUCGUGAUGGGCGUACUUUUACUCUCAAGGCAGAAACUUUAGAAGAUCUAAAUGAGUGGAAGACUGCAUUAGAAAAUGCUCUGGCUCAAGCACCUAGUGCAGCUCUUGCAAUGGGCCAGAGUGGAAUCUUGCGCACUGAUGUCGCUGACUCAAUUGAAGCCUCAUUUGAACAAUGGAGGGAUAGGCGGCCUGGGAAAUCCUUGGUGGUUGGAAGACCAAUAUUACUUGCACUUGAAGAUAUUGAUGGAAGUCCAUCCUUCCUGGAAAAGGCACUCAGAUACAUUGAACAAUAUGGAAUAAAAGUGGAAGGGAUCCUGCGCCAAUCGGCUGAUGUUGAAGAGGUAGAGCGGAGGGUUCAAGAAUACGAGCAGGGGAAAAAUGAAUUUUCUGCUGAUGAGGAUGCUCAUGUUAUUGGCGAUUGUAUCAAGCAUGUGCUUCGAGAAUUGCCAUCAUCACCAGUUCCCGCCUCUUGCUGUACUGCAUUGGUAGAAGCAUACAGUAAGUCAGAGCAUUAUGGAACUGAUCGUCGAUCCAGAGUUGAUGCUUUGCGUGCUGCAAUUUAUGGAUCAUUCCCUGAACCUAAUCUACAUUUAUUGCAAAGGAUCCUUAAGAUGAUGCGAAUUGUUGCUUCUCACAAAUCAGAGAAUCGGAUGACUUUAUCUGCUUUAGCAGCUUGCAUGGCUCCAUUGCUUCUCCGUGCACUCCUUCAUGGUGACUGUGAGGUUGAUGAUGACUUUAAAAUGGGUGGAGAUGGUUCUCUUCAGCUCUUGCAAGCUGCUGCUGCCGCUAACCAUGCUCAAGCCAUUGUAAUAAUAUUACUUGAAGAGUAUGAAAGGAUAUUUAAUGAGGAUCUUUCACUGGAAGGUUCUUUAUCUUCUGAGGUUUAUACAGACUCAGAAGAUGAUGAUUUCGAGGAUGAAGAGUCGACAGAUGAUGACAUCCUCGAAGAUGAUGGAUAUCAUGAUGCAGAUAUAGACGUUGAAGCAGAUAUAGAUGACGAUUCUAAACAUUCAUCAAAUGAGAAGCAUAGCAGAAGCGGAAGUGAAGUUGCCUGUGGUCUAUCUGAUGAUAAGGACUCUGAUGAUCAUAAUAUGGGUCGUACUUUCUCUGGUGACAAAGACCACCCUUCAGUACUUUCUGCUGCAGCAUUGAAUGCAGCAGAUACUUCUUUGUUAAAAAAGGAUGCUGAGAAACCUUUGCCUAUAGCAAGUGCAACUGUCAUUCAACGUGAUGAGUUACUAAAUGUUGAAAGGAGCAAUAGUAGUUCUGCAGCUGCAUUGACUUCUGAAUCACGUUUGGCAACUGGAAGUAAUGGAAACUGUAUGAGUACAAUGCACAAGUCUGUUAGUCAUAUAUUACCCUCAAGUGUUUCCAAGUUCAAUGAGGACUUGAUAGAACCAUCAGCCACUAGCAGAAAACCAACUGUGUGGGGGCGUAUGGCUGCAAGAAAGAAUCUUUCCAUGGAGUCAAUUGAGUACUCUAGUGAAGAUGAUGAGGUUGCUAUUCAGAAGCUCGAGAAUUCUAAAACUGACCUGCAAAAUAAAAUUACAAAGGAGGUAAAAGGAAAUGCAAUUCUGCAGGCAAGUUUAGAGAAAAGAAAGGAAGCACUGCAUGAACGACGUUGGGCUCUUGAGCAAGAUGUGGAAAAGUUAAGGGAGCAGUUACAGAAGGAGAGAGACUUGAAGGAGUCCUUGGAGUCUGGGUUAAUGAACAUUAGACGUGGGCAAUUACCAAUAACAGCAAUUGUGGAUUGCAAGACAAAGGCAGAUCUUGAGGAAAUUGCUCUUACGGAAGCAGAUAUCAUUAAUUUGAAGCAUAAAGUUAGUGAUCUUCGUGGGCAGCUAAGUAAUCAGAUGAAGCUAGGCUAUGCUUCCUUGUGUGAAUCUUGCAGUCAGCAAUUAUACAGAAUGCAUCAAUUAGAUGGGGCAGAUAAACAGAAAGAGAUUGCCAGUACUGCUGUUGUACGGGAAAUGGACAAUGUAUCACAAACUGAACAUAGUUCAUCUGGAAGAGACCCACAGAAUGGUCAAGCACUGAGAUCAGGAAUCAGUGAGUCUCCCUCUCUCAAAGAAAUAACAGCUGGGACCAAUGACCUACAUAAGAAUUCUUCUAUCAAGGAUGAGAAUGUCUUGUCUAGAGCAAACUGUAAAGAUGCCAAUACAAAAACUCUAGGUUCGCCUUCUUCAUCUACUAUGCAACCAACCCAGAAGCAACAUCUGGACACAAAUAAGAAUAGCUCAGUACCUAAAGGGUCCAAUUUUGCUUCAUUUUCAGAUGAGCCAGCAAUUAGCCAUAAAGUUGUUUCGAAGAGAACCUCUUCAAAGUAUGAUCCUCAAGCCGAUUCCUAUUAUGAAAAAAAGUCUGUCAUCGGCAUGGACACUCAAAAGCCAAGGAAUGAGAUGGCAAAUCCUCCUCCCAUGAAACCAGAGACAAAUGCUGUAACGUUGACAAGUACUUCUCUAGUUUCCAAUGACGAUCAGUCUACUGCAGAGUCAUUACCUGUAAGCCACAAUAUCCUAUCGGCUGGGUCUUUUUCAUCAGGCCAUAAUGCGAAGAAGGUGGACGAAGAUUCAGGGUCUUUACCAAAUAGGAAGGAUCCCCAGAAGCAACAAUCUAGUGCAACGAACCUAGACAACCUGAAAUCUUUUGGAUUAAGUAAUGUGCCAUCCUCUGGUGACCCAACUUCACUAGAAGUUUCUUCAAAGAAAUAUAGUUCAAGGGGUGAGGAAAUAGCUUCUGUAACAUCGUCUGCACUGACUAAGCUGACAAGCAGACUUCAAUUCCUCAAGGAACGGCGGGUCCAGCUUGUAAAUGAACUGCAAAACCUUGAUGCAAAUCGCACGUCAGCUCCGGAAGGUCCUCUUCCAACCAGCUCAAGAUGACCUAUAAAUGUUUACUAGACUAAAUCUCCAAAUUCUCGCUUCCAAUGUAUAGAGCCAAUAUAUAUUUGCGUAAUGUUGAGCUAUUCUUUUUACUGUCAUCUAACAACAUGAAAAGCUCAUCCAUGUUGAAGAAUCCUUUUGUUAACUUUUGGUUCCUUUCCUUUUGUACUUUGGAUUAAAGGGCACAGCAGUUAUAUCAAGAAGCAUACCAGUUUGCCAAUGCCUCAAAUG